AUGGCGUCCCUCGCGGAAUUAUCUUCGCAUGAGCGGACUCGGGUCGAAGAUUAUUUAAAUGACAAAAUUCAGGUUUCUGCCGAUCUGGAGAGUUUAGAUUCGCUGCUAUCCAGUCUACGCGCGCAACAGGAGCUUCAGCGGAAGCAGUUAGCAGAAGCCAGCGAAGCGCUCUCAAAUGCGACAAAAGCCUCCAACGACCAUGCCGAAGCUACUCGAAAGCAAGCUGAGGCGUUCACCGCGGAGCAAGCGGACAUCGACCGACGAUUAAUGGCCAUCACACAAUCCGAAACUAGCGAUGAGGCAGUACGGAGUCUGGAAAAGAGCAUGGAGAAGCUCCAGCGACUUGAAUUAUCCAAGGGAUACGUGGAGUUGCUCAAGGAAGCCGAGGAAUUGAGCAAGCAAGCUUUGGCAGACAUUGCCUCCGAACCACGCGCCGCUUUGAAACCGUAUGCCCGACUACGAACCAUCGUUGGACUACUGAAGGAUGCCCAACCUGCUGCCGAGGGAGCGGCCCCCCAUCUUGUCGACUACACAGAAAAACUAGCCUCUGCAUUGAGGCGGCAGAUGAAGAAAUACUUUAGUGACCGGCUGCAGAAGACGCUGGAAGAAAUGAAAUGGCCAACGAGACAACUGAAUCUUACCGACGAGCUCUUGGCCCGGUGGAGGCAAGAUGUUGAACUGUUGAUCGACCUGCAACUACCUGAACUUCCAAGUCGUGAUGCACUGGCUUCCGGGCUAAAUUUCGAGUCACCAGUCCUGUUCCCAUUAGAGGUUAUGGUGCAUCAUCUGGAUCUCCGAUUCAAAUAUCACUUUAGUGGAGACAAGCCAACGAACCGACUGGAUAAGCCUGAAUAUUUCCUCUCGCACAUAAUGGACCUUGUCAAUCAAUUCGGCGGAUUUUUCGUCUCUUAUAUGCAGCCCAUCUUCGAUGAAAGGGCCGAAGCAGUCGGUCCGAGUCUGGAAUGGAACUUUUACAAUGCAUCGCACAGUUACAUUACUGCAUUGCUUCCUAUGCUGAAAGAGAAGAUCAGCUUGUUCCUCCCUCAAAUCUCAGACUACCCUCAAUUGCUCAGCCACUUCAUUCAUGAACUGAUGAACUUUGAUAAUGAGAUCCGAGAAACAUGGAACUAUAUGCCAGAUCCAUAUGCGGACGACAAUUGGAAGGGCAUGACCUGGGAAGUGUUGACCAGACAGGGCUGGUAUGAUCGAUGGCUUCAGGUUGAGAAGGACUUUGCGCUGGCGCGAUACAAAGAUAUCAUCGACACCGCGGACAGCGGAGAAAUCGAUUACGAUGGCAUGGAACCCACUGCAACGAAACCAACAAAGGCUGCGAUUCGCGUGAAUGAUCUUCUCGAAACUAUAACCGAGCGCUACCAGCCUCUGUCAUCUUUUAGUCAGAAGUUGCGGUUUCUCAUCGACAUUCAAAUCGCGAUUUUCGACCAGUUCCAUGAGCGUCUCUAUUCUGCACUAGAGGCCUACCUCGCAAUGACAUCGACGAUUGGACGCACUGUACAGGGAGCUGGCGGGCAAGCUAGUGUCGAGGGUGUCGCCGGGCUGGAGCGGCUUUGCAGGGUAUUCGGAAGUGCCGAAUACCUCGAAAAGAAGAUGGAGGAUUGGAGCAAUGAUGUGUUCUUCGUUGAGCUCUGGUCCGAGCUUCAGGAUCGGGUUCGACAAAACCGAGACAGCGGUCGCAACGUAGCUGGUACUAUGUCUGUCGCAGAGGUAGCGUCGCGUACCUCACCCGCAGUCACCAACAACAACGGCGCCCAAACUGCAACCUCAUCCGAUGGCGCUCUUUUCGAUGAGACGGCAUCUGCUUACCGCCGUCUCCGACUUCGCUCGGAAGCUAUCAUCACAUCAACCUUGUCCUCUAAUAUCAUCGCUGCUCUGAAACCCUAUUCUCGCGUAUCCACAUGGGCAACGCUGUCAACCCCAUCUGCUACAGCGACAGCAUCUUCCCUCUCACCCACUUCCGAUCUCGCCCAUGCAAUGCGGAUCUUGUCCACGCAGCUCUCCUUCCUCUCUCGCGCACUGGGAACUGUGCCUCUACGACGAGUCUCCCGCCAGCUCCUGUUGUCUGUCCAAAGCUAUAUCUGGGACAGCAUCCUGACCAAACACACCUUUUCUGAGACUGGAGCGGCACAGCUUGCCAGCGAUGUCGACCAUCUCUGUCACGUUGUUGAUUCUGCACUCGGCGCAGCUAGCUCUGCGGGCAUCUCAUUCCGAACCAUCAAAAAGCUCAGCGAGGGACUGCGUAUACUUUGCUUGAGUACGGCCGAGCAAGAAGACGUCCCUGCAAAGGAGGACCCGGCUUUAAGGCUAUGGGAUGUGGAGAAGAGGCUGUUUAGGGAUAAUGAGAGUGCACGGAGUGUGCUUGCUGAAUUGGAGAUAGACUCUCUAUCGGAAGCUGAGGCUCGGUCCGUGUUGGAACGUAGGGUCGAGAUUGGCAGUUGA